UCACAAUUGGAGGCUUCUCCAUAGAAAUAAAAAGAGCGUUGACUGUUGAGUGGGGGGGCGCGGGUCUCACCAGUCACCGCACUUUCUCCAAGAACUGGGUUUCUAAAAGGCUUUACCAUAGAGCAUUCGGUGCUAACGAUGGAGUCAUCACUAGAACUAGAAGCAGUGAACUUUGGAAAAUCUAUAAUUAUACCUAGCGUUCAAGAGAUGGCCAAGGAGUCUAUGACCAAGAUCCCACCUCGGUAUGAACAACCUGAUCAAGAUCCUCCAAUUAUCUCAACCGAUGCGUCACUACUACUUUCGUCGAUCCCUGUUAUCGAUCUUGAAAGAUUGGCUAUUGAAGAUUCCAUGGAUUCUGAGCUGGACAUCUUGCACUCUGCUUGCAGAGAGUGGGGUUUCUUCCAGGUUGUGAACCACAGAGUCAGCAGUACAUUGCUGGAAGAAUUCAAGAUGCAGGUCGAGAAUUUCUUCAAACUUCCGUACGAAGACAAGAAGAAGCUGUGGCAGAAACCAGAUAAUCACGAGGGAUUUGGGCAGCUCUUUGUGGUAUCAGAGGAGCAGAAGCUAGACUGGUCAGAUAUGUUCUAUGUAACAACCCUUCCUCUUUAUCUUAGAAUGAAUGACCUUUUUGACAAGCUCCCUCCAAACCUCAGAGAGACUCUAGAAACUUACUGUUCAGAAGUUAAAAAGCUAGCCAGUGAAAUUUUGGGUCAUAUGGCAAAAGGUUUAAAGAUGGAUGCUGAGGAAAUGAAAGAGCUAUUCAGUGAUGGAGUUCAAUCGAUUAGAAUGAAUUACUAUCCACCAUGUCCUGAGCCAGAUAAGGCUAUUGGGUUCAGUCCCCAUUCUGAUGCUGAUGCUUUAACAAUUCUCUUUCAGCUCAGUGAUACUGAAGGACUAGAAAUUAGAAAGGAAGGGAGAUGGAUUCCUGUUAAACCACUUCCAAAUGCUUUUGUUGUCAAUGUUGGUGACAUUACAGAGAUAAUUAGCAAUGGUGUUUAUAGGAGCGUUGAGCAUAGGGCAAAAGUGAAUUCAGCAAAGGAGAGACUCUCUGUUGCUACAUUCUACAGUUCCAACCUUGACUCUGUCUUAGGCCCUGCUCCCAGUCUUCUUGGCGAGCAUAAUCCUGCAAUCUUCCGGAGCGUCCCUACAGAGAAGUACUUCAAGGACUUUUUUUCUCAAAAAUUGAAUGGCAAGUCAUACCUUGAAUGCUUGAGAAUAGCAGAUGGAUAAGACAACACUGCUGUGCACCCAUAAAAGUAAAGAGAGUUGAAUUUAUUAAGCUACUUAUGUACAGAACUACUAAUUAUCCAUGCCAUGGAUUGUUAGGUUCUAUAUUUGAAGACCAGCUUUAAGCAACUUAAAUGCGAUGGAUUGAAAAUCCAGCAUUGUUAUCCUAUAUAAAGGGUGUUUAAACGAAGCUACAUUCCUUGGAUCUGUGAAGUAUCUCUGCUGGGAGGCAAUUGAAGAAGUUGAAGAGGAGCUGCAAAUAUUACUAAUUCACGCCGCCAGACCACCUAGAACCCAAGCUGCAAACAUUGCAAGCACAAACCACCUCAUUAUGUGAUUUACCUGUUCAAGCCCUUUUCUAAUUGAUGAUUUGUUGACUUAAGCCUAUGUCCACGCUUUGUAAUUGCCCGGCACGCUGGCUGGUUAAAGAUUAGACGCUCGCUGCCUCUGCAGCAUGUUUGUAUCACUUGGUCUCUGGAAUUUAGCAGUCGUACAAGUUUUCCCGUA